GUCGGGAUUCGGACAACGGGAGGCUGGUUUUAUGUCACAAUAACGCAGUUAUAAAAGUCUGUUUUAUUCAUUUAAAACUUACAAAUAGUGCCUGUUUGCCGUCUCUCUGCCGCUAAUAACACGCACUGUGUUCAUCGGCACCUUCGCGCGGGCUGUUUGGCUGCGUUUGAUAACUUGUUUCUCAGUUUGAAAAUGCGAGCAUCCCUCUUUAGCCUCCGUUAGCUUAGCUUUAGCUUAGCGUUAGCCGGAGCUGCUAUGAACGCACUCAGCUGUCCGAUCUGAGCCGCUGCGACCGCUGUGACCCCGCCCCUCCCCCUCAGUAUGCAGACAGUGAAGUGCGUGGUGGUGGGUGACGGUGCAGUGGGUAAGACCUGUCUGCUGAUUUCCUACACCACCAACGCGUUCCCUGAGGAGUACAUCCCCACCGUGUUCGACAACUACAGCACGCAGACGUGCGUGGAUGGCCGAGCGGUCAGUCUGAACCUGUGGGACACGGCCGGUCAGGAGGAGUACGACCGGCUUCGGACACUCUCGUACCCGCAGACGCACGUCUUCAUCAUCUGCUUCUCUGUCGCCAGCCCCUCGUCCCACGCCAACGUCCGGCACAAGUGGCACCCGGAGGUCAGUCACCACUGCCCAGGCGUGCCCGUCCUGCUGGUGGGCACCAAGCGGGACCUGCGGUCGGACCGGGAGACGCUGGAGCGGCUGAGGGAGCAGGGCCUGACCCCCACCACCCCGCAGCAGGGCACCACGCUCGCCCGCUCCAUUGGCGCUGUGCGUUACCUGGAGUGCUCAGCACUGAUGCAGGAGGGCGUGCGGGAGGUGUUUAACGAGGCCGUGAGAGCCGUGCUGUACCCCAACGCCAAGAAACAGGCCAAGAAGUGUGUGCUCUUAUAACCACCACAGAGAGUGUGUGUGUGUGUGUUUAUGUGUGUGUAUGUGUGUGUCUAUGGAUGGCCAGAAAUGUAACAUGCAAUUAUGCAAACGCUUCAAGCUACGCAAGCUAAAAUGUCAGCUGAGCUUUCAUAACUAGGGCUGCAAUUGAUUUUGUCUUUUGAACACUUGUUUUAUAUACAUAUAUAUGUGUGUGUGUGUGUGUAAUUAAUACAAGGAACAAGUUAUAAACAAUAUAAAAAAAGAUAUAGACCUGUCACCCACGCAAAAAAAACUUGGCAGAUGAGAGUGACAAAAUUGAGUAAAUACACAAAAAUGAAAUUGUCUUACUUAAAGGGCCUGGUAUGGGCUUCAGCGAAUGAUUAUUUCUAGGGAUUAGAGGUGGGCAAUAUUACAAUAUUUUAUUGUUAUUGUGAUGAAUAUUAUGUAAUUUCCUUUGAUUAUGUUAUGUAUAUGGUCAGUACUAGGCCUGGGCGGCAUUUAAAAAUAGUAACCAUGAUAUUUUCCUGUUGGAAAAUGUGAGCUCCUUCUGGUGUGGGUUCAUGGCGACUUGCUUACUAAUAGCACCCCUUGCUGAAGAAACUUCAGACUGCCGGUGAUUUCCAAAGCCACGCCCAAGAAUGGAACGUGAACCCUGGUUUUCCAACAUAUUUUGCUGUUUAGUGAUAAAUUAGUUUUUUUCCAGUUCUCUGUUAGUUUGCCAUCAUUGUGAUUAUGGCCUUUUAAACAUCAUCAUUAGGUUAAUCAACCAUCGGCAAUAUCGGAUUACAUCGCCCUAUCGCCCAGUCCUAGUCAGCACUUAAAGGACACUGACCAAUCGCAUUUUUCUUUACAAAGAGAGCAUAAUUUGGCCGGUUUAUCCCGAUGUUUAACCUGCCCAACCCUUGUCUGCAGGCACCAAAAUUUUGGACAUCAAAAAGAGCCAAAAAAUAAUACUUUUUGUAUUGUGUUGGUUGAACAGACUUUCACUGUUGUCGAGGGCGCUAGAUUUUGUGACACAGUCUGUAGCUACAUACUUUU